AUGUUGGAUAAUCGUGUACUGAACGACGACAACAAAACGAUACUCGGACAUCGUCUGUCCAUCGAACGUACGGCCAUUUUCACGCUACUCAAUCAGCUGUGCAGUGACAAUGCUGAUUACUUCUCAAAAACAAAUUCAUGGAGCGGUUACAGUGAUCGUAUGGUCAACGUCUCGGCGGAUAUACAAGAGUGCGCGGGAAAACUGCGAAGUACGGUAACGUUCAUUUGA